GGCGUUACAUAUGGAUGUCUGAAAGAAGAGAUAACAACCUGGAAGGGCUUCAUCAGAGCAGAGUUGUUUGUUUCCAAGAGAAUACUUGAAAGAGAUCCAAUCUACAAGAUCAAAGGUUUGGCCAAGGACAUGCUGGAUGGGGUUUUUGAUGACCUGGUGGAGAAGAAUGUUUUAAAUGGUGAUGAAUUACUCAAAAUCGGGGAAGAAGCAAGAUUCAUCCUGAACAACACUGAGAACCUGGUUGAGAGCUUCUUUGAGAAAACAGAAAUGGCAGGAAAAAUAUUUGCAGGUCACAUUGCCAAUUCCCAUGAACAGCUGAGUUUAAAAUUUUCUUCUAAUGAUGAGUAUGAUGAACCUCAGAAAAUGUGUACACCAUCUUUUCCAUCAGACUCUGAAAAUGAAAUUAAAGACAGCAAAGAUGAAGGACAAGCUUUAUUAAGACAGACAUCAUCUUUAUCUCUAAUGGAAUCCAAGGGAAAAGAAGAAGAUGAAGAAAUGGAGGUAAAUGCUGGAGUGACCCAUGCAUCACAUCUAAUGCUGACAGUUCCUCAGGGAAUCCAGAGCUCAGAAGUUCAACAUACACUGAAGCUUUGUCCUCGUGAUCAGUUUUGUAAGAUGAAGACAGAAAGGGCAAAAGAGGAAAUGGAGACAGAGUUAAUGCAGUUUGCUGCCCGUCCAGAGCACCAGUCCUCCGACAGCACAUUCCUGGUGUUUAUGUCCCAUGGCAUCCUGGAAGGAAUCUGUGGGGUGAAGCACAGAAACAAAAAGCCAGAUGUUCUUCAUGAUGACACUAUCUUCACAAUUUUCAACAACUCUAACUGUAGGAGUCUGAGAAACAAACCCAAGAUUCUCAUCAUGCAGGCCUGCAGAGGCAGACAUACUGGAACUAUUUGGGUAUCCACAAACAAAGGGAUAGCCACUGCUGAUACAGAUGAAGAAUGUGUAUUGAGCUAUAAAUGGAAUAACAGUAUAACAAAGGCCCACGUAGAGACGGAUUUCAUUGCUUUCAAAUCUUCUACUCCAUAUAAUAUUUCUUGGAAGGUAGGCAAGCAUGGCUCUCUCUUCAUUUCCAAACUCAUCGACUGCUUCAAAAAGUAUUGUUGGCGUUAUCAUUUGGAGGAAAUUUUUCGAAAGGUUCAACACUCAUUUGAGGUCCCAGGUGAACUGACCCAGAUGCCCACCAUUGAGAGAGUAUCUAUGACACGCUAUUUUUACCUUUUCCCUGGGAAUUAACACAGGCAACUCUCAUGCAGUUCCCAGUCAAGUAUUCCUGUGGAUGAGAAGAAAAGAAAAUUCAAAGAUCCCAGGAUUUAUAAAUCUGUACAACCUUUCAGUUAGAUGUCUUAUAGAAUAUCAUAAAGCUAGAUAAUUUCCAUAGGUUAGUUUUUGGGGGAAACUUGACAUGUAAAAUUUUGCAUGAAAAGUAUAGAUUAGUUCCUUCCUUCCAAAUUUCCACACCUUUUACUUUAUUUUAUUAAAAUUAUAUUUGUACAUCUCUGUAAAAUGAAUGAAAGAGAAAAACACUAAAGAACACUUCUUGGUGAACCACUUUCAUUUAUAAAUUAAUAAUCAGAACUUACUUACAAUGUAAAUCUUAUCUACAAUGGAGCUGAGAAAUCAAGUGUCUGUUACAUACAGUUUCAUGUCUGGCUAACACUAAUCAUCAUAUAGGGAUAAGAUGAUGGACUUAUUUCCAUAAUAAGUGGACUUAUUUUCACUGUUUGUCUUUGAUAUACAUGAUUUCCAUGCCUAGUCACUGCCUACCACUACUUUUAAUUGGUUUUUUAGGCUAUACUUGACAAAUUUCUGCUAUACUUACAAUUUUUCUCUUAAAUGUUUUAUAAUAAAAAUGUCCUCACACAUACACAUUUAAGUUUUGGCCUGUUAGUAUUAUUGAAAUAAACACUCAAAUCACCAAAGGUUAAAGCAUUAAAGGCAAUUUUUGAUACUAAAUAUUGUACAAAACUCUAUGAAAAAUUGAAUUCUUCAAGAACAAGAAGUGAUGAAGCCCACAUAUCACUAUUUUUGUCAUGUUGAUAAUGUUAUAUCAUUCUAUUUACUUCAUUGGGCAAAAAUUAAAAUCAUUGUUUAUUACUUGUUUUAUAAAAUGUUUAAGACUCUUUCUUUUCUGCAUAGUAGCUGUUAGCUCAUGUUUCUGGGGGAUGUGAAUUCUAUAAAACCAUGCCUUGAAGUUGUGA